AUGAGCGACAACCCAAGCACAUCCUUCUCCUCGAAGAUCGGCCAACUGAUAGAGGAAAAUCCAAACUGUGCACUGCGCGACAGCUCGAAAGACAACCGGCAUGUAACGCACAAAGCUGACCACGACUACGAGAACAGAUUCGAGCUCUUCCUGCUAGACGAAGGUCAGCAGAAAGUCGAAGAGAAAGCCGAGACACGCGUCCCCAACACCGCCGUCUUCACCUUCAACAAAGAAGACCACACGCUCGGCAACCUCCUCGCGCAGCGGCUCCUCAAGAACCCCGCCGUCAUGUUCGCCGCCUACAAAGUGCCCCACCCGCUCUUCGCCACGUUUGAACUGCGCGUCCAAACCGACGGGUCCAUAACACCCAAGGAAGCUGUCAUGGCGACUUGCCGGCUGGUCAUCCAGGACCUGUCGAAGCUGAAUGAGAGCUUUCAGACGGAGUGGCUGGGUAAGAGGAUUGUUAGCGAGGGUGAGGCGGAGAGGCAGCAGAGGGAGCAGAAUAACUUCUAG